GGCCGUUUAGGUAAGCUAACAAGUUGAAGGACUUAUUAAAAUGAACUUAUGGUUAGAAAAGUAAACAUGGCAAACCGGCCGAAAUUUUUCUUACUGUGUUCUGAAACGCGCAAACAUGUGGACUUCCAAAGUCAAUGGUUUCACAUUACUGUGUUCUGAAAUUUUUCUUGAUCACAUACUAGUAUUUCCCAUCUCCCAUCCGGCCACCAUCAAUCACUUGCUUUUGUUCAUCCACUAGGCUUAAUUGCCGACCACAGUCCAAAGAGGGGAAAGGAAUCUAACAUGGCGUAUGCUGCAGUGGUGUAUCUCAGGCAACUGUUGGAGGAAGAAUUCAUUCAGUUUCUGUGCAGAGUUCUCGAGUUCGAGGAGUCCAAAGUGAAAGAUUUUCAUCUCAGGGUAGAUAACGUCCUUAACAAAUUGAAUUCUGUUCAAUACAUUUCGCCUUCUCAUCUAGCUGAACUACAAAAUUACUUCCUACUUCUAGCACCCACCAUUGUUGAUGUAGAUUUGAUCGACGAGGCUGCGUUGUUCGAUAGAGUGUUGUUAUAUGAUCGCACUGUUUUAGAUAGAAUCCCGCAGUUGAUGUUUCGACUCGAUGACAUUAACUCUAGAUUGGAGAAUUUCGUGGAUUCCCGGAAAUUCAGGUUACAAAUCGUCUCUAGCCAUUCAUCUGUGAUUUUAGCGCAGCAAAGUCUUAUGGUAUUCGCAAACAACCUGCUUUCUUUGAAUAAGGAAUAUCAACAGGUCGUUAGCUUGCUUCUUCAGGUGGCAGAAGAAGCUAUUUCCCUCCUGAAUAGCCUUGGCAUUUUGCUGCUGAAAGUGGAGCGUUCUACUGUUUAUCAUCCGGCUGGGAAUCAGAUACGACAUCUUUCAGGCGAAGCAGGAGAUCAAAUUGAAGAUUGUUUGACAGGAUACCCCUUCUCAUGGAAGAAGAUUGAUGUUUUAGCCCUCAGGCAGGUCAAGCAAAUCAUGGGUUACUUAAAAGAGAUUAUUGACCAAUUUGACUCACACACAAGGAAGGAUCAGCACCAGCUUAAUGAAUUACGGUCCAAAUCUAGAAGUUCAUUCAUGUCGCAACUUCAUCAUCACGGCCUACUUCACCAGCGGAAGAAUUUCUUCUGCAUUCGGGCUGAGUGUGAAGAGGAUCCUAGGGAGGUAUCAGAUUAUAUGCUUUCCCUAGAAAAUGUUACACAAGUUAGAGGUUCAGCUGAAUCGUCACAAAAACUGGAGCAAAUCGUGAUAGGUCUUGAUGAUGAUAUAGCCAGAGUCGUGGAUGAACUUACUGGGCCGUCACCUACACUAUCCAUGGUGACAAUUGCAGGAAUGGGAGGUAUUGGUAAAACUACUCUUGCCAAAAAAGUAUUUCAUCACCCGAGCAUUGUCUAUCAUUUUCAUUUUAUAGCAUGGGUCAAUAGCAUAUCUAGUCCUGAUCAAGCAUUGUCCCAUCUUUUGCAAUCUAUCGCGAGUGUUCGCAAUGGAAUCCCGGGACAAAUCAGUGAUGAAGACAGUGAAUCAUCUCCCGAUGGAAUUCAUGAUCAGAGCAGAGAGGACAAAGGCCAAAUCUUGUGGAGAAGUUUAAGGAAAAGAAAGUAUCUAAUCGUAGUGGAUGAUUUAUGGAGUUUUCAUGCUUGGAAUGAUAUUGAAAUAUACUUCCCAGAUGACAGCCUUGGUAGCCGAAUACUACUAACCAGUCGUUUCAUGGAAUUCCCCACAUUUAUUCCGAGAAACCACCUCCAUUGUAUGGAACUUCUAAAUGAAGAUAAAAGUUGGGAAAUGCUGCAAUACUUGGUAUUUGGAGCGAACCAAGUUUACCCAGGUGAGUUGACGAGUAUUGGGGCCCUAAUAGCUAAAAAAUGCAGGGGACUGCGAUUAGCAAUUGUUGUUAUUGCUGGUAUUCUCCUCAGCAUUCCAAGGUCAUGUGUACAUUGGGAAAGUGUGUUGAAGAGCAUAAACACCACAGAAUCUGGCAGUGUGGAAAAAUGUUUAAACAUACUUGCUUUAAGUUACAACUGUUUGCCCCUUCACUUGAGAGCCUGUUUCCUUUUUAUGGGGUCUUUCCCGGCAAACUGUGAAAUUGAUGUGCAGAAGUUAAUCAAUUUAUGGAUAGCCGACGGCUUAAUGGAAGCCAGACCCUCAAAGCCUCCUGAGAAAGUGGCAGAAGAUUGCUUGGAAGAUCUUAUUCGCAGAUGCUUAGUUGUGGUUGGGCAAAGGAGUUUUGAUGGGAAAAUAAAAACUUGUUUCAUUCAUGAACUCCUCCGACAGUUAUGCUUGAGAGAAUCUUCUAAAGAAAGCUUCAUGCAAGUUUUCCCAGGGGAAGCAGUAGAUCAAGGUUUAGAAGAGCGACGGCAUCUCAUCUUCACUUCAAUCAAUCAUGCUGCUGAUGUCCAUUUAUUGCCUCCACUUUGUCAUCCCCGAUCUUUUAUUUUGCACACUCCCGGUUUCGAUAUUUCACAAGAUGUGCUAAUGUUCAAGUUGUCAUGCUUUAAAUGGCUUAGGGUGCUGGACAUAUAUUUUCUGCCUCUGGAUGUUUUUCCUACAGGAAUAUUGGACUUAGUAAAUUUAAGAUACCUGGCUCUAAGCAUAAGUUAUAUGCUUGAUGCUUCAAUUUCUCGGCUUUGGAAACUUCAAACCUUAGUUGUCUAUGGUCCAUGGAUCCCCAGGGUAGUCAAAUAUUCACCAACUCUUUUAUUUGAUUAUUGGAAAAUGCGCUGGUUGAGGCAUAUAAGUGUUAGGGUUCCCAGUUGCUUCGGACAUAUUGACCUUCCUGAAAGGUCGCGAGGCGGUUAUCCUGUUUCUAGUAAUCUCCAGACUUUAUCCACAGUAACAUUUUCCAGCUGUACACAAGAAGCCUUCUUGUUAUUGAUCAAUCUUAAGAAUCUAGGGAUUUAUGAAACUAGAGAAGAUUAUGAAAAUGGCACAUGCUUAAGAUGCUUUCAGAAUCUGCAUUCCUUGGCUGAACUAGAGACGUUGAAGUGUUCCUUUUUCAAAGCACGUGAAGCAGCAAGAAGUUUAAACCCGGAUGUUUUACCAGCUUCCCUAAAAAAGUUGACUUUGAUCAGGAGUUAUUUGUCUUGGGAUAAAAUGUGUCUUCUUGCCAAGUUACCUCGACUUGAGACCUUGAAACUGAAAGAUUAUGCUUUCAUGGGAGAAGUAUGGGAAGCAACUGAGGUAAUAUUUGGUGGUCUGAAAUACUUGCUGGUUGACAAAACUGACCUAGCUGAGUGGGAAGCUGAAGGAACCGACCAUUUUCCUUGCCUGAAGCGUCUAGUGCUCAGGUCCUGCAAGUCCCUUUGUGAGAUUCCUUUUGAUUCUUUCACGGUCCUUGAGAAGAUUGAUCUGCACAACUGUAGUCGGUCAGCAGAGAAUUUAGCCAAACAAUUCCAAGAACAGUAUGGAUUUCCAGAGGUCACUGCUACAUCCACGAAAAGAGCAGUGGAGAAAGGUGGACAAUCAUAUGAAUUCGAGUAUUGAAGAUGAAGAAAUGACGGACAUAAUGUGUUAGUGGAGUUUCAGUAAACCAAUUGCUUGUAUCUGGGUGAGUGUAUUGGUUCAUCAGCUUGAACAUACAGUCGCUGAUUGUAUUGUUACUCAUUAUUGGCACCUCCUCUGUUCUGCAAUAUCUAUUCAUGAAAAGAAAAUUGUUUGAAG